AUGUUAGCAUUGACUUACAGUUUCGUCUUCCUCGGUAUGGUACAACUUGCUCUGGGAGCGGUUGUCCCCUAUUCACAUACUCGUCGAGGAGGUAGUGCAGUCCAACUUUGGAAUGCUGACGCUCCAUCCAAAGAUGAUUUCAUUAAAGAUCCUUCAUAUGACAACGAUUCAGGUAUAAAAGUAUCACUUCUCUCUCUUAUACUGGAUUCCGAUUCUAAAUGGGCCAAAGAUCACAUUAAGCCAUCGGGUGAACAAGCCCUAACGGAUAAAGCGACUUUUACCAUAUUCGAUAAUGGAGAAGAAAAAGAUGUGGAAGUUUCAACUGAUGAGGUCAAAGAUGCUUUUGACGUUGACUACGUUCAGGCUAAUUGGUGGUGGCUUGGGAUGGAAUAUGCUUUGGUUAAGACAAUCACAAAUGGUGAAAAUGAUCUAUCGAUUGAGCAAGGUGAUCCUGAAAAUAUCUUGAAGUGGUUAACGGGCAAAAACACUAAGAAAUUGACUGACCUGUCUGAUAAGGAUUAUCUGCAAAAUCUCAAGAAGAAGAUCGUCAUUCUAUCAACCGGAGGAGACGAUGUUGAUCAACAUGAUGACGCAGCAGAAGCGAUCAAAUAUAGAGUAGUGACUAAUGUUGAUGGUGAAGGAUCUGAUGUCAAUUCUACAACAGUCGACACAUUACAGAUGGGCGAUCCGUACUGGGUAGGAACGUUGAACGAAGAUCUGAAGGAGCUAAAGGAUGAAUAUGGUACUGUCAUUGUCUUAGAGGAUUGA